CAUUGAUCUAAUUCACAGAUAACGUUGCAGAUUCGAGCGAGUAGAGCCGUUGAUUUUCAUACGAUCCGACUUAUUUAAAGAAAAUGCAGUGUGGUUCAUUCAAAGCCAGUUCCAGUGGUUUCAACAUGCAGUGGCAUCUGGCAAUAACGUGCAUUGCAAUAGUACUGCUUUGCGAUGGGACGGUUAGCCUGCUGGGCAGUAAUGGUACAGCGUUAAACACCAGGGCCUUUGUGAAGAAAACGUGCGACGGAGUCAAAACAUACAUUUGCGAUUCUUGCACAUCACGAAGACCUUGCAUCGGGACGCAGGAAAUCGAACAAUCGUUUUCAUGUGGUACCGGCUUAUUCUGCAUCGAGGGAACCGCAAGCGAUCGUUGUGGGCCAACACCAUCGGACGAAUGUGUCACAACAACGGAAAGCUCAUCCUUCACGUGCUCCUCUACGGGCGUUUUUCCCGAUCCCAACAAUUGCUACAACUACCACGUGUGUUUGGCCAGUAGCGAGUCUUCCACCGUCUACAGAUGCCCACCAGGAUACGUCUUCGACAUUGUGACUUCCUCCUGCAUUCGUCAACAGACGACAGCGAACUGUGUUACCGUGACGUGUCCUGUUGGAUCACCCCGCUACGUGCUCUACGGCACCAGCCGGGUAUAUUACGCCCUGUGUAACGGUGUGACCUUACCGACCCAGGUACUACGGUGCCCAAACGGUGCUCUUUUCACGUUCUUCUCAUCGACCUCACUGUUUGGCGAAUGUGUGUACACUUGCACCAGCCAGGGCAACUAUGCUAACAGCAAUAACCUCAGUUCCUACUUCCAAUGCUACAUUUCCAAUGGUCGCUUAGUAUACAAUGAGCUCGAUUGUCCAACAGGCACCGUAUUCAAUCAAACGUUGCGAUACUGCACAAGGCAGUAAAAGGAGGCCACCUUACUGUUGUUAGACUGUUAGUAUUUUUUGCUAUCAUUAUUUCUUCAUUGUUAGUAAAGUUGUAUUAUCAUGCACCACAAUUGGUAAAAUAUCUACAAUUUCUAAGAUGUAUCUGUUCAAGAUGUGUGUACUUGAUCAUGAUGUAUGUUUGUAAGCAAUGAAUCAUUGAAAACUGUCAUCAGUACUUAUCUUACACAAA